CUGUCCCUCUGUGUCCCCCCCUGUCCCAGGUGUCCCCCGGGGGGGGGUGUCACCCGCCCCCCUCCCCCCGCAAUGACGUCACUGCGGAGCCGCGCCCCUCCCCCAGCCCAGCUGGCGGCCCAGGUGUCCGGGGGGGAGGGGCGGGGGGCCCACGGUGCCACCAGAUGUCCCCAAUGUCCCCAAUGUCCCCCCGCGGCCCCCGGGGGGCGUGGUCUCACGAAAGGGGGCGUGGCUUCACGGUCAGAGCCCCGCCCUCACCGCAGGCCCCGCCCCCGCGCGCUUUACGGCCGUUUCCCGGCGGUUUCCCGGCGGUGUCGCGCUUUACGGCGGUUUCACGGCGGUGUCGCGCGGAGCAGCCGGAGGCUCUCAGGCCGCCAUGGACUCCCGUUUCACCCGCGGCAAGUCCCCGGUGCUGGAGCGGGCGCUGGGCCGGCCGCGCUCCGAGCUGUCGCUGGCCGCCUUCGCGCUGCUCUUCUCGGAGCUGGUGCAGUACUGCCAGCGCCGCGUGGCCUCGGUGGCCGAGCUGCAGGCCCGGCUGGCCCAGCUGGGCCACCACGUGGGGCUGCGAGCCCUGGACGCGCUGGUGGCCCGCGAGAGGCCGGGCAGGCGCGAGACCAAGGUGCUGGGGGUGCUGCUCUUCGUCAAGGGCCCGCUCUGGCGGGCGCUGUUCGGGCGCGAGGCCGACAAGCUGGAGCAGGCCAACGACGACGAGCGCACGUUCUACGUGAUCGAGAGGGAGCCCGUGGUGAACACGUUCGUGUCGGUGCCGCGCGAGAACAGCUCGCUGAACUGCGCCGCCUUCGCCGCCGGGCUGCUGGAGGCCGUGCUGGGCGCCGCCGGCUUCCCCGCCCGCGUCAGCGCCCACUGGCACAAGGGCACCACGCUCAUGAUCAAGUUCGACGAGGCCGUGAUCGCCCGCGAUAAGAGCCUGGAGGGACGCUGAGACACUGGGGACACGGGGACACGGGGUGGGGACAGCCUGGAGGGACACUGAGACACUGGGGACAUGGGGACAUGGGGUGGGGACAGCCUG